AUGGAAGGUUUAGAAGGCACAGAGGAUGGAAAGAAGAAAUCCAAGUUUAAAGCCUUUAAGAACUUUUUUGGCAAGAAGAAAAAGAAAGAACUGGAAGAUGUCAUGGAAGGGAGAGGGCUAAAGCAAAGGUAUUCCAGCAGCAGUCUGAAGCCAGUUCUGGAAGUCCAAGUGAUGGAGCACAAGCCUAUGAGCAGCAUGGGAACCAAGGCCAUAUCCCAUGAUAGCAUCUUCUGUUUGGAUCCUGAACCUGAAAAAUCAGCAAGCAAACUGCUAUCAUCUCCUGAUGUUCAGAGAAGCAGAUCACGGAAGAUCCAACCUCUGCGCUCCCGGAAACUCAGCGUCAGCCCGUGUAUUAUCCGAUCUGAGAAACUCUCCUUGAAUUUGGAUACAGCUAGUGACAAGACACCCGCAAGUUCCAAAACGAUGCCUACAUCACACUGUUCAUCAACACGGAGGAAGAGCACCUCAGAACUGUCCUCAGAUUUUGAUCUAUCACAAUCUUCUCAAAGCAGUAUGCAGCAGCCCUUAGGGUUCAGCACCCCAGCCACCUCACAAGGCUGCUUGGAUUCUUCAGCUGCUAAGCACAAGAUGGCUUUAAACCCCCGGAAGCAGAAGAGAAAGAAGCCAAUUUCCUCGUUUGCCAAAGCAAAGCAGGAAGAGCAGCAUGGUGCGAUGGACACUAAAGAAAAGGCUACAACUAAGACAAAACAAGCAGACGGAAAAGAGAAGAAAAGAGACAGCACAGGGCCCACAAGCCAGGAGCAGAGCAACAAAACUGAAACUCACGAUAAGAAGACAAGGGAUCAGACUCUAAGUACCGAUGCUGCCUCGAGCACAGGCCAUUCGACUUCAGGAUCCCAUCCAAGAAGACGUAGAAGAAGGGUCAAAAAUGAGUGGGGGAUCAUAGAAAAAAACCUUCUAAAAUCCACUCAAGAGUAUGACUGGGGCAGGAAAGCUGAGACCUUACCUAGUGAAGACUUGGCUGGUAGGGAGCACUCAUUCUUGAAGCUUUACCUGGAGAAGCAAGGCACAGAGCAGAUUGCAACUGCGGAAAGAAAUACUCCUUGGGAGAUGCCUUCAGAUAAAAGGGAUGUGAAGGGGAAAAUGGCUGACAGAGGUGUUGAAGCCCAAAGAGCACUAGCGUCACAACCUACAUAUGUGGCAGAGUCCAGGGUUAGUGGUCUACCACCCAGCCAUGAAGAAGGGUCUUUUGAAGGCAAGAGGAAAAAGGAUAGAGCUGCUUUGUUGUCAUGGACAAGAAGAUCUUCUACAAGCCAAGAAGAGGCCGCUGUCUCCAGGACAGUGGGGGCCCAAGUACAAAAGCGCCCUUCUCAAGUCCAUGGAGAAGAGAAAGAAACAUUCAAACCUGGUUUGCAAAAGUUUCAACCUAGAAUGGAGUUAUCCUUGGAGAGCACAUCAUACCACAAAGAGAGAAAUCCUAGAGGUGGUCUUCGGGUCUUUUCAGCAAGUGUUUCAAGUGCUACUACCCCCGACGAGAUUUCUAUGCAUAUGUCACCUCUUCCUCUCAGAAGAUGGCCAAAUACAGGGGCUAUCUCCUCUGAUUCAAAAAGUACUUCAGAGUAUGAGAGUAGUUCUGAAAUGCAGCUGGGUCCUUCACAUUCCUUCCAGCUUGCAUGGAACCCUCAGGAUGAUGAUGAUGAUGUCUUCCUCAAAUCAGAAAAUGUAGAUGCAAAAGUGAACAAGAUGGGGCGGCAGCAGCCUGUUGGCUAUUCCUCCAAGUCAUUAGGAAAAACCAAAGCUAGGAAAGUCCUCUUAGACUCUGACAGCUCUUCAGAAGACCGGAGAAGCUGCGAGGAGAUGACAUCUGCCCAGUCCUCCCAGUCCUUAGAAGAGUAUGAAGAAUGCUCAGAAUCAAGAAGUUUUAUCAUAGACUCUAUCUCUGGAGAGCAGUUGGAUCUUAGCAGCCAUUCCCAGGCCUUGCAGGAGUCGGAGGAAAAGGAGGUCUCCACAGAAUCAAGCAGUUCCUUGGGUAAGUUCCACAGUUCUGAGGAUCUGAGCAGCUCAGAGGAAGAGCAGCCUCCUGAACCUUACAAGCAGGCCCAGGGUAUGUCCAGAGACCAGCAAGACAUGCCCCCAGUUUUGAAGAGUGUUCCAAAAGAAUUGAGUGUUUCUGCUAAGCCAGUGUGCCCCAUAUACACUUCUCCACCCAUUGUGAACCCUGUUACUCAGCAGCAACACCACCCCAUUUCGAUGAACAUUGUAGGACAGAGCAGAUCUGCGCAGCCACUGCAACCCAGCCACACUAUCAAGUCAUGGGGGAGCCCUCAGUCUGAACAUAAAGUGUUUGUAGAUCCAGAGGGCAUUGCUGCUGACUGGGACAUUUUUAUGCAGCCACCAUCUCCAAGAAAGGCUUCUAAGCACCCAGUGGGGUACAAUAUGGAGCAAAAUGUCUCCCCAAGUCCAGAUAUUUCGACCAUGGGAGAGGUGGCAUCUAUGGAGGCCUUGCUUCUCAGACACCAUUCUCAACCUCCAAUCAGACCAGUACUUGACCAACAUGCUUGCGCAGGCCCAGAGAUUGCUGCUUUUGAAGAGUGUAUUGCUGGACAGCCUCCUAGAUACCAUUCCCAGUCCUCAAUGAGACCAAGCAGGAUGAAGGAAAUACCAUUGGGGGCAGAAAGUGCUGCAUUUGAGGGAGGUCAUUUUCUGGAGCCCCUGCCUCCUGUUUCUAUGGAGUCCCUGCCUUCUCAGCAUCAUUCGCAGACCCUGUUGAAACCCUUCAUUGAGCAUCAAGCUUCUGCUUUUGAAAGAAGUGUUUCUAUGGAUCCAAGGCUUAUGGCACACUCUUUUCAGCCAUGGAUAAAACCUCCUGGAAGGCAAUCAUUUUCAACUCCAGAGAGCACAUCUUUUGAAGGGAGCCCUUCUAUGGAGCAUGUGCCUCCUACCCUUUCCCAGCCGAUGCAGCAUCCUUAUCAAAAUGAGCCUUUAGAAUCAGAGGCUGUUGCUGCUAAGAUCAUUUCCAUGAGCCCACUGCACACCCAAUAUUCGGCUCAGUCAUUACUAAAUCCUCAAAGUCAGCUGUUCUCAGAAAGCACCCCUGUACAAGGUACCAGUUUGGCAGAGCGAAUGUCUCCCCAACCUUCAGUAAAGACCAAAUUCCAGCCACAGAUGACCAGAGGCAAUGUUCCUGCUGCAUGGGCCAUUCCUGUUUAUCCACCAGAUCCCAGAAUGCCUUCUCAGCCCUCAGUAGUCCAACAACCAGUCUCCGCAGGAUCCAUGAACACAUCUGUACAACAGAUUGCCAGCAUAGAGCCAAUGUCUCCUAGACACCCUUUGCAGCCAUGGGCAGCUUCUCCAUUUGAACAAGUCUCUGUUCCCUCAGACAAUGAUGCCACACCAGCAUGGGACAUUCCUAUUGAAUCACCAACUCCAAGAAUGCUUUCUCAGCCCUUGAUGGGAUCAAUUGUCCAACAACCAGUUUCCACUGAGUUAAUAAAUACUUCUGUGCCACAGAGCAGCACUGCGGAGCUAAUGCCAUCUAGAUUCCCUUUCCAGGAAAGAGUAGAUUCAGAGAGUUAUGGAGCAGAGGAAGGAGUUUCUGUAAUGAUGAGGCCUGGAAGACAUCGUUCCCAGACCCCAAUAAGCACAGGAUUCAAGGAAGAUGUUUCCUCAGAUUCAAUGAGAGCUCCUGGAGAAUGGGGCAUUCCUAUUGAGCCAAUGCCUUCCAAAUAUGCUCCUCAGUCAUGGUUGGGCCCUGAAUUUGAACAACACACCUUAGGUCUAGAAGGUAUUGCCCAAGGGGGGGACAUUUCUACGGAGGCAUGGCUUUCCAGAAAUUCUUCCCAAACAAUUGUCAAACCACAAGUUCAGAGAACACCCUCAGGUUUUGAGAGUACCUCUAUGGAGGGAGGUAUUCCUUGGAAGCCACUGCCUCCCAAAGCUCCCACCCCAUUCUUAAUGAGAUCUAAAGUUCAGGAAAUGUCCUCCCAUUAUGAGAGUGCUUUUGCUCAAGACAUCACUAAGAAAGCCCGGGAUAGCAGGGCUUCCUCCCAGUCAAUUGUGAAGUUCAUGGCUGAGAAAAUCUUUUCAGAUAAUACUGCUAGUGAAACUGACAUUUAUGCAAAGCCCAUGCUUCGGUCUCGAAGCCGUCCUUCCAGAUCCUUGUUGAAGCCAAAACUUGAGGAGCAAACUUUCUUAUAUAACUGGGAUGAUGAGCCCAAGGAAGACAGCACUUUGAAGAAUCUGCCCAUGAAGCAACCUUUGCAGUCACUCGGACAGCCCGAAGAGCCAAAGGGAGGUCUGUCAUAUUGUGAAGGUGCCCCUGUGAAGUGGGGCAUUGUGCCAGCAAAUGUCUCUCAGCCCCUGGGAAAGCUUGAUUACAGUCAAAAAGUGUCAACCUCAGCCAGUUUUCCCGAAGAGUGGAAGAGGUCUGAAGGACAUCUGCCUUCCACACAGCCUUCUCAAGCCUUUGAUAUAGCUGAGUUGCAGCUACCGAUUUUAUCGACAGUGUCUGCAAAUGUGGAGUGGAGCAAUUCUGAGGAGCACGGGCCACCCAGUCAGCCUACUCAGAGUUUCUUGAUCACCGACUAUCAGCAACAAGCUUAUUUAAGUUCUGCCAAUGCGGCUGCUGAAGGAACCAUUUCUCAGAAGAAUAUUGGCAGCUGGCCCAGGCACCAAAACCCAGAUUCUCCAAAGAAAUCCAUGAAAUACACACAAUGCUAUGGGGACUUCAAUAAAAGCACCUCAACUUCUAUUACCAAACCUAGCAAGUUCACUACUGUUCCUGCACAGAAAGCAUUCAUUUCUACAGGGGAUUACUCUAUGGAGGAAGUUCCUCAGAGUGGUGAUGGAGAUGAGAGUCCUAUAUCCACCAGCAAGAAUGAUGUCGAAAAUGUUUUCGGCGUGAGACUUCGAAGAAUCUCACAGAAGAGUGGGAUGGAGAAUCCAGAUCCUCCCAUGCCAGUUGUCCCAGCAAGCAAAGAAUGGGUGAACAAAGACGCUUCCCAGGCCACCAGUGGAGGCCUAGAGAAGUUCAGCCAAACACUUACCUUUACAGAAAAGCAAGGUAACAAGUCCAGAUAUGAAGGCACUUUCAAGAAAGCAGCAGUUUACAAGCCUCCAGGCAAGACCUCCAGUUGGAACACAGAUUGCACCACAGAACCAGCUUGGAUCAAUAUGGCGAAACAGAGACAAAAGAACUUUGCAUCCCAGUUUCCUAAAAAACAAAGUACCAGUACUGAAAUCAGGACUGAGACAAAUGAACCAACAUAUGAGUCAACAUAUGAUCCAGACUUGGAAAGUCCACCAAAGGAAUCGGAACCCAUAACUGAUGUCCUGUCAAGAAUGACUUUGUCUUCCACUAUUGCCAAACAGGAGAUGUCAAGGCUGUAUAAGUCUACAAAAUCAGGUACAUUUGAUGAUCAGAACACACUUCAUCCAUCUGGCAAGGAGAGAGAAACCAGACGUUCUUCAAUUCUGCCACCCAAAAUCCUACCGCCUGAGGAGCCUGUGUGGUUCUCAAUGGCCAAGAAGAAGGCCCAAGCAUGGAGCCAAAUAGCAGACAGCAUGCAAUAAAUAGCUCCUGGUUAAAGCACAGCAUUUUUAGCAAUAAUUGCCAGUAGCUAUGGUAAUUCCAUAUAACAUUUUUUACUAGGGGUAGUUUUAUUAUGGAAAAUAACUUUAGAAAUGG